AUGUUCACGUACCUGCUGUCGCUUAGCGGGGGCGACACCGCGAUCACCGCGCUGUCCAGCGCCUCCUACACCGACGGGUUCGCUCUCCGGGGCCCUUCGCCGACAAUGCCCAUCCUGAAAUACGCUGCCGCUGCCCGUUCGAGCUGUAGACUCUCCGACCCGUACGCCGUGCCUAGCCUUUUGUCAAACGAGGCCGCCGCCCGAAUGCCAAACGGAAUGGACACGAAGACGACAAGGAACUGCGUCGACAUGUACUCGCCCGCGACGAUGAACCGCGAGCCGAGCCACAAGCCAAGCGAAUUGAGGAGGAACUCGAUCGACUGCGACAACGGGGAAACUAAGCGAGCCGAACAUGAUAAUCAUCAGCGCCAACUUGGCGAUCUGGUCGAGUGA